GAACAGAUUUCAUACAUGUAUUGUGCCGAGAUUUUUUUUUUUUAUUAUUGUGAAGCUCAUACGUGUUUGCAUCCGGUGUUUCCUUCAUGUAACUUGACGCGUUUCUGUUGUCCACAUCCGUGACUCCGGAUCCAUUAAGCAGCCUGGCCCGGUCCAAUACAGAAAAGGGGGAUUUGGUGUGUCUUCCUCUGCAGACAGCUGUCUUCGGCGGUCUGUUUCGUGUCCUAAAGCUUUCUGGCGGCGGGUCGUCCGUUAUGUUCUUUAGUGUCUGUCCGUUGUCUGAAUGAUACGUUUUGGGACCGACAGACAGACGGACGGGCUGCGGGCUGGUCCAGAGUACCGCAGCCUUGCGUCAAAGCCAGCUAAGCUAAACCGCGGUAGGACAUGUCAGCAAGACGGAUAACAGCCACGUUACCUCAGUAGGCACAGCAGACAGGUUAUUUUUGGCACGGUUGCUGGCAUACACAUGCUCAGUUUUAGCCGUGGAAGCUAGACCAACAUCUUGUGUAAAACUGGCAGGUGUUGUGUUGAGAAAUACCGACAACCCCGGCUGUUUUAAGCGUCGGUGUUUCCAGUAGCUAGCUAUCUCAUGCGACGAUUUCAUUCCCAGAGGUUUUAAAAGACACGUAAGCCAGGGAGAUUUUGGUAACCUUUGCUGAAUUGAAGCUACAUGAGGCCCAGUUGAAAAGAUGGACCUGAAUUUCUAUUCUGAUCUCACGGACGGUACCGGACAGCAUGACGGCGAUCCAGAGUUUUUGGAUCCGCAGUCUUUCAAUGGAUUUGACACUGACAACAAGUUCCCUGGAGGUAGCGACAAUUACCUGACCAUUUCAGGAUCUGGACAUCCCUUCCUUUCUUCUUCAGAGUGUGCAACUAAACCCAUUGACCUCUUCAGCCUCGCUGGACCCACUGGUGGAACAUUCCACACUCCCAGCCUCGGUGAUGAGGAGUUCGAGAUCCCCCCCAUCUCUCUGGACCCAGACUCGGCCCUCACUGUCUCAGAUGUGGUGUCCCAUUUUGGGGAGCUAUCGGACACCGGUCCCACCGACAGCGUGGUCGUACCCGGGAAUGCAGUGGUCGAAGGUGAUGACCCCUCCUUUGCCUCCACUUUCGUCAAUAACCCCUCACAGGGUCUGGAGCACCUGAGUUUGGGAGUCAUCAAUCAGUCAGGAGGAAGUGGUCUACUGGGGUCUUCAUUGGGAAUGGAUCUUGGUCAUCCCAUCGGCUCUCAGUUCAGCAGUUCCUCCCCAGUAACCAUCGAUGUCCCACUGAGCGACAUGGGCCAAGCCCUGCUGGGGUCCAGCCAGCUGACCACCAUCGACCAGUCAGAGCUCAGUGCCCAAUUGGGUCUUGGUCUGGGAGGUGGGAACAUAUUACAGCGGCCCCAGUCACCCGAACACCCUCUGUCGGCUACAGCCUCGCCCACCAGCUCGCUCCAGGAUGAUGACAUGGACGACUUUAGAAGGAGCGUCCUAGUUGAAUCUCCAGUCCCACUCGCUGUCUCUCCUGGAGUCAUCUCCCUCGACCCCUCUCUGUCAGAGUCUGCGUUCUCAGCCCACUCCUCCAGUGUUUCUCCAGCUGAGCGGCGGAAAGUCAAAGUGGGAGUAUCGAAGACGGAAAAGCCAAAGAAAGACCCCAGUCAGCCCCAGAAACCUGUGUCGGCUUAUGCUCUCUUCUUUAGGGACACACAGGCAGCUAUUAAAGGACAAAAUCCCAAUGCUACAUUUGGAGAGGUCUCUAAGAUUGUGGCCUCCAUGUGGGACAGCCUGGGGGAAGAGCAGAAGCAGGUUUACAAAAGGAAAAAUGAAGCAGCAAAGAAGGAUUACUUGAAAGCACUGGCAGAGUACCGAGCCAACCAGAUUUCUCAGGCCCCCAUCGAAGUCAUGGACACGUCUCCAUCGCCUCCACCUCCAGCACCUGCUCCUUCUGUCACUGCCCCACCUGUGGUCACCCCAGCUGCUCGGUCCACGAGGUCCCAGCAUUACAACCCUGAGGAGAACACCAUCACCAACAUCUGUACCUCCAACAUCAUCCUGGAUCUGCCCAAGGUCACCACACGCUCACAGGCUCACGCUCACGGCGCCAUCAAGCAUCCACCUGCUUCUGCCACCACCACCCCAAACCCCCCCACUGUCACCAAGAUCAUCAUUAAGCAGACACCACUGCCCUCUGGAGGUGUGUCGGUCACGGCGACGCCUGCAUCCUCUCCGCGACAGCCGCCACCGCUGCAGCAGAUGCAGAGCACCCCACCUCCUCCGCGGCUUCAGCAGAUGGUGCACGCCCAGGCUCCUCCUCCCCUGCAGGCGAAACCGCGAGGCAGAGGCUCGGCAGCUGCCACAGCUCCGCCUCCUCUGCAGAUUAAAGUCGUUCCUUCGUCACGGCAGUCAGAUUCGAUUUCGCCGAUCAUUGUGACGUCAGCAAGUGAGACGUCACUGUCAGGGUCGUCAUCCUCUGCGCUGACGGUGGACGUGGGACAGCCGACUGCUUUGGUGACGAGAGAUGACGUGGCAGAGGAAGGGAUGGAGGUGGAGGUGAAUGUGGCCCCUGGGCCGACUUUGACCCCAGCUGCCAGCCCCAACAUCUGUGUGCGUGCCGGCUGCACCAACCAUGCUGUCGAGAGCAAAGACUGGGACAAGGAGUACUGUAGUAAUGAGUGUGUAGCCACCCACUGCAGGGAUGUGUUCAUGGCCUGGUGCGCCAUCAGAGGACAAAACUCCACCACUGUCACAUAGAUGAAGGGGACAGCAACACAAAGAACUAUGACAACACAUGAAAUGCAAAUGAACUGAAUGAAUGAAUGGUAGCCACAGUGGACUCAGGCAGUGGUUUAUUUUAUCAUGUCAUGAAAUCCACAGUCGAACUGUCACAAGAAAGUAUUUAUAAUUCACCAUAAACUACAUAAAUUACUUACUAAACAGUGAUUGACCCCUUGGCUCUAUCGUACUUCAGCCUACGCAGAUGGAUCUUUGGCAGUUUAAAUCAAUCUCUUGUGUUAUUAAAGCGAAUGACUGUUCAUUACAGGAUGAAUAAAUAAUGAUGCUGAAGAGGAACCAACAGACUUUGCUCUGCUGCUCUAGACAUUUCCCUGACUGAAGAGGGGAUCAGUCAUGAAUUCAAAAUAUGGACUCGAUGGAGAAAAAAGAGCAUUUUAUACGGACAUUGAUGGAUUUUUUUUUUUUUUUUUAAAGAAAAACAUGCAAGUUGGAAGUCUUGCAGGUGAAUUCAGUUCAUUUAUUUAAAGAAAUCAUGAAAUAUGUGUUCGUCUUUUCCUUAAAUGUUACCACUGAGGAUUGACUGAGGUGAAUGAAAUCCCAGAAGUGAUUAUAUUUUUUUCCUUUAUUUCCCUCUCAGAUCCUUUAGUUUCUAAUGUGACGGUGCUUCAACUUGGAGGGUGCCAGAGGCUACUUCUUUAGUUAGAGAUUAAGACAAAUGUACCACUGGGCUAAGCACAAACAGUCUUAAAGCUAAUUUGGAGUUAUACAGGAGGGAACCUGAAUGAGGCGCCUGAUCAUGCCACUUUGGAACCAAUUGUACUAUCGUUCAAAGGUGUUUUUAUUUUUUACCCUUAAGACAAAUGAAACUCUUAAAAGGGGUACUAAGAUUCAGGAAAUACAACAUCUCUGGCAAUCUGUCUCUUCUCUUUUGCGUGAAUACUUUGCAGCGUACAAGCUUUUUAAACAUGUUGCUCUUCUGUGUCACAAGGAACAUUUGGGAUUAAAAUAAAUUGCUGUUUUGUAGGUGGAAAAAAACACGCAACAGCAUUGGUAACACUACUGUAAGGAGAAAGGGAAAAUAAAAGCUUUAAUUUUUAACAUAAGUGUUUCACUUAAGGAACUCCUGUCAGGUUUUCUGAAAAACUGAGGAAAGAGGAAGUGCUUUUUCCCAAAAACUGGUCAAAUGAAAUGGUGCAGGCAGGGAUGGAGCUGGUUAAUUGUACAUAACCUGGAAAUGUUUUUGAUGGUGAAAUAAACAUAUUUUAUGUUUUAA